UCUCAAGCAUUACUGUUGACGAAGAACACGAUUUAGCGGCUUCACCAUCUUCGUUAUGCUUUGAACUGUCCGUAAUCUUCUCUAAUUCUUUUCUCUCGUCUCUCCGAACGUACUCAUCCUUCUUCUCUAAUUCGUUUAAUCAAAUUCUAUAUGGCGUAUGCAACAGAUUUUCAUGAAAAAUCUUGCACGAUUUCAAGCUCUCUACCUGUUCGAUCUUUUGUCUCAGAGAUUUUAGAGUUUAGAUGCUAUUCAUUUUUUGUGAAUUCUUACACGCACAGAUGAUAUAAUAGAGUUUUUUGUGUUCUUCUUGAAUUGGCAACUCCAAUCAGUAGGUUAAUUGGGAGUAUAAAUGUCCACGGAUGCCCUUAUUCAAUAGUCUUCUGCUACUAUGAACACUUCCAAUUCCAAAUUCAUUAACCACUCAAUUUCAGACCCGCGAGAACAAAAUCAUGUAAAUCGAUACGAAUGUAACCAUGGAUUUAAAGAUCUUUCUGUUCUUUCAGACGGGUCAAACCCUGUUGGUGAAAGUUCCUCGGAAGGAAAUACUUCUGAGGAACCAGACGAUUCCGAUGCAAUUCUCAAGUACAUAAAGCAAAUUCUCAUGGAAGAGGACGACUUGGACCUUAGACCUUGCACGUUCCAUGACAGUUUGGCUCUGUUAGCGGCUGAGAAAUCCUUAUAUGAUGUCCUUGGUGGGAAGUACCCAAAUUCACCCAAUCAACACCAUUCAUGUGCUCUCAAUCAGUAUUCUGAUAACCCAAAUGCUGAUUUCACUGGGGUUUGUAGCAGUGACAGUAUUAACACUUCUACUGAUGUGAACAAUUUUGUUGAGUCCAAUAGGAAAGAUCCAGGUGAGUUUGAGUCCCCCCUAGUUCAACCUUCUCUCAGUCUGCAGCCGAUGCAGUCACUUGGCUCUUCAAACAGCGUAUUUACUGCGAGAAAUAGUUAUGAUCCGAAACUGAAGGACAAGGCUUCAAAAGUCUUGGAGGAGGCUGAGGAGAGUGGCAGGGACCAUUCAUCUUAUGGAUCAAGGCGAAAGAAGAAUCAGUAUCAAGAAAAUAGUGAUUAUACAGAAGAACUCAGGAGUAAAAAACAUUUGGCUAGCUACGUUGAGGAAUCUGAGCAAUCAGAGAUGUAUGAUAAGGCCUUGCUCUGUGACAGUUUGUUUCGUGGCUUGCACAUUGAGUCCGGCAUGUGUGACUCUGAUGAAGCCUCACAAUAUGGAACAAGGAACAAAUUGCAGCAGAGUGAAGGGUCAAAUCGAGGGAGGCCGCAUGCUAAGAAACAAGGUAUUGGAAGGGAAGUGGUGGAUUUGAGAAGUCUCCUAACUCAAUGUUCACAAGCUGUGGCAAGCUACGACAUCAAGACUGCUAAUGAGCUGUUGAAGCGGAUUAGGCAACAUUCUUCUGCUUGCGGUGAUGGUACAGAAAGGUUGGCUCAUUACUUUGCUAUCGCUCUUGAGGCACGCAUGGCUGGUACUGGAAGUACACUUCAUACAGCUUUCGCUACCAGCAGGGUAUUGGCUGCUGACAUCUUAAAAUCUUACCAUUUGUAUAUUUCAGUGUGCCCAUUCAUAAAGAUGUCAAUUAUCUUUGCAAACAAAUCUAUUAUGAAACUAGCUGAUGGAGCGACAAGGCUUCAUAUAAUUGAUUUUGGCAUUCUAUAUGGCUUCCAGUGGCCAAGCCUUAUCCAGACCCUCUCUGAGAGGCCUGGAGGUCCUCCAAAACUUUGCAUUACAGGAAUAGAUCUUCCCCAAUCAGGUUUCCGACCAGCAGAGAGGGUUGAGGAGACAGGGUGGCGUCUGGCAAAUUACUGCAAGAGAUUCAAUGUCCCAUUUGAGUACAAUACCAUUGCAAUGAAAUGGGAUACAAUUCGACUUGAGGAUCUCAAGAUUGACAGAGAUGAGUUGCUUGUUGUUACUUGUUUUUACCGGCUAGAGAAUGUUCCCGAUGAGACAGUUACAGAGAAAAGUCCAAGGGAUGCUGUUCUGAAAUUGAUCAAGAGGAUUAAUCCUGAUAUGUUCCUUCAUGGAGUUGUUAACGGGACCUACAACACCCCUUUCUUCAGUACACGAUUCCGAGAGACACUCUUCCACUUCUCCGAUUACUUUAAUAUGUUUGAGGCUACUGUAUCACGUGAAAAUCAGGAUAGAAUGCGGUUUGAACAAGAAGUUUUGGGAAGGAAUGCCGUGAACAUCAUAGCUUGUGAGGGUGCCGAGAGGGUUGAAAGGCCCGAGACAUACAAACAAUGGCAAGUUAGGAUUAUGAGGGCAAGGUUCAGGCAGCUCCCACUUGACCACGAUAUCGUGAAUGGUAUAAGGGAUAAGGUGAAGUCUCGUUACCACAAGGACUUCGCCGUGGAUGAAGAUGGCAACUGGAUGCUGCAGGGAUGGAGGGGGCGAGUCAUCCACGCUCUCUCCUGUUGGAAGCCUGUCCAGGAGUGACAAUAAUGCAAUGCUUAUUACAGCUUAGGUUUGGUGAACCUUGGUGCUCCACUGCCCAAGUAUUUUUGAAGCCAGAGCAAGUGUAAUGCGCUUUUCUUUAAUGACUUAUCUGAUUCUUUCCAUGUUUGUUGUACAUUCGGUCAACUAAAUUCUGGUAAUAUAUAGAUGUUCUAGAUAGAAUUCUGUCCCUUGUCAUCAUCUAGUUGUUUCCUGUUUAAUUUUAAAGCUGUAAUUAUACUGUCAUGCUUUGAAAAAUUAGAAGCAUUAGCUUCUAAUCGCAUUUGUUA